GCGUAAAUACAGGAAUACAGUAAAUCCUCGUUUUAAGAAGGGACUAUCGUGUAACAACUUUAAAAGUAUUUGUCCCGGACACCAAUUCGAAGUAUGUGGUUUCGAGAAAAAACGUGUUUAAAGUUUUUAACAAAGUUUCAAGAUAUACUUAUCGCUUGCCAUUUCACACUUUUACGCGUUUAAAACAAUUCCUUGUAACUUCGUUAUUUUUGCGAAUUCGACUUUCAAAUUUUUAUAGUUUAUUCUUGAAAUGGCUUUCUACGCGGCAAGAUUACAAAUUACGGGACACUCUGUAUAAGGUGCUAAUGCGUCAACUGUCACUGCGUGGAUGUCAGCCGGGUUGCUGUCAGCAAGGAUGUGACCACUGAAGGGAUACGCAUGUAACUUAAAUUCUUGUCAAAGGAUGCACAUCUCCCGCGCUUUGCUUGUUGCAACGGUCAUCUGGUCGCAACAUUGCACUCGUUACGUUGAUAGUCAAGAUAAUUUUGAAAACAAGACGAACAGCGAGGCAGAGACUUCGAUACCGUCGCAUAUUACAGUUACAUCCUGGAAUGAUAUGCCGUUUUCUGGAAUAGUGCAGGAGAAUGGGAUAUGGGUCGGUAAAGGAUACGCAUUUUAUAUUUUCAAUAUGAUCAGCUCGAAGUUGAACUUCUCGUACACUAUUAUUCCGCCAGAGGAGCAUAUCCUUGGCAAUAAGAAUAAGGGUAUUCUUGGUUUACUUUACGGAAAGAAAGUAGACAUGGCUGUCGCGUUUCUUCCGGUGUUACCGGAAAUGCGACAAUUCUGCACGUUCAGCAUUUCCCUGGACGAAAUGAGAUUAACAGCCGUGAUGAAAAGACCUCACGAAUCAGCCACUGGCUCUGGUCUCUUAGCACCGUUCGAAAGGACCGUUUGGAUUUUAGUUCUGGCAUCUUUGAUCUUCGUAGGACCGGUCAUUUACCUAUUCGCCAGUAUCAGAGCAAAAUUAUGGCACGACUUAGACUCUGAGAGAUUUAGUUUGACCUCUUGUUUCUGGUUCGUUUAUAGUUCACUUUUGAAACAGGGAACGAACAUUGUCGCUACAGCAGAUUCGACGCGAAUGCUUUUUGCUACUUGGUGGAUUUUUAUAUUGAUACUGACGUCCUUCUAUACAGCGAACCUCACGGCGUUCCUCACAAAGCCUCAAUUUACUCUGUCCAUUAGUUCUGUACAGGACAUAGUCCAGAAAGGCUACAGUUGGGUCACCUACAAGGGCCGUACAGUUGAUUUCCUUCUUUCCCAAAAUAGUUACAACGAUUUGAGCUUGUUAAAAGUGAGCCAACGACAAGGGAAAGGAGUUUUUAAAUAUUACGAGCCGUCGAAAGCCAUUCUAGAAUCUGUGAGCAAGAGAAAGCUGUUUCUAGCGGAAGCCCAUUAUCUGCAAACUUUAAUAUUUCAAGAUUACAUGAAUAAAACUCGCAAUCGUUUGGACCAUAAUCUGCGGUGUACGUACGUUAUUAUGCCCGGAAGCAUUUUGGUAACAAGUCGUGCGUUCGGUUUUCCUCACGAUUCCGUCAUUAAGAAGCAUGUUAAUAAGAUGUUGCUUAGACUAGUAGAGACAGGUAUUAUACAUCAUAGGCAAGAAGAGGAUCUUCCAUUAGCGGAAAUUUGUCCAGUUGAUCUCCGUUCAACCGAGAGACAACUGCGAAACGCCGAUCUUCUUCUAACGUACAAAGUCAUCGUGGCAGGAUACGCGAUCGCUGCGUUUAUUUUUCUGUUCGAAACAAUUUACGCGUUCGUAUUGAUUCGAGUGAAAAACAGUAAACAAAAGAAAACACGUAAUUCUCUUUUCCCGAGGGUAACGUUGCAGAAUCGUCCGAUUAAAAAUUCUCCGCUUGAAAAACGGAUAAACUUCAUAAAGGGAAACACGGCGAAUAUUUGCCAUGAUGCUGGAAAUAUCCUGAUGCAAAGAAAGCAACAAUUUAUUAAUGGAAGAAGUUACUAUGUAGUCACUGACAAAGAUGGCGAUCGAAGAUUAAUUCCAAUUAGGACUCCUUCUGCUUUUCUGUUUCAGUAUACGGUUUAACACAUUGAUUGGCAUGGUUGUCAUUGGUGGCAGUCGUUUCAAACUUACGUUGUUACAAAACAAAAAACGAAUCAUUGAACUAUUAAAUAUUUCCAACUUUCCCUCAGUAAGUGGAAUAAAGAAUUAG